CUCCUUCUUUUCCUCGCGACACUUCGACAACUAACCGGUUCAAGUCGACAAAGCAGCCAAGAUGCCUCGCGGACCGUGAGUAACACGCCCAAUGUUGUUCCCACUGCACGCAGCGAGAUUACCGGUGGAAUUGCGUUUUCACCGGUCUAUCUUCGCUACGGCAGGAGAAUUGAAGAUUUUGAGGAGCUGAAAACUAACCACCAUGCUCGUACAGUAAGAAGCACCAGAAGCGCCUUAGCGCGCCUUCUCACUGGCUCCUGGACAAGAUGUCCGGAACCUACGCCCCCAAGGCCUCCCCCGGUCCUCACAAGCUCCGGGACUGCCUGCCCCUGAUCGUCUUCAUCCGCAACCGGUACGAGCCAUCCAGCGAUUACGAAGGAAUCGAAAGAGUGGAUCGGAAUAGGAGGACUGACAGGUAUAUAGUCUCAAGUACGCCCUUAACGGCCGUGAGACCAAGGCGAUCAUGAUGCAGCGUCUGAUCAAGGUCGACGGCAAGGUCCGCACCGACCCUACCUACCCCGCUGGUUUCAUGGACGUCAUCGGCAUCGAGAAGACCGGCGAGAACUUCCGUCUCAUCUACGACACCAAGGGUCGCUUCACCGUCCACCGCAUCCAGGCUGAGGAGGCCGAGUACAAGCUCUGCAAGGUCAAGCGUGUUCAGCUCGGCAAGGGCGGGAUCCCAUUCUUGGUUACGCACGAUGCGAGAACCAUCCGUUACCCCGACCCCGCCAUCAAGGUCAACGACACCGUGAAGAUCGACAUUGCCACUGGCAAGAUCGCCGACUUCGUCAAGUUCGACACUGGUGUUGUCGCCAUGGCCACCGGUGGUCGUAACAUGGGUCGUGUCGGUGUCGUUACCCACCGUGAGCGCCACGAUGGUGGUUUCAACAUCGUCCACAUCAAGGACGCUAUUGACAACACCUUCGCCACCCGUGAGUCCAACGUCUUCGUCAUCGGUCAGGACAAGCCCUGGAUCUCCCUGCCCAAGGGCAAGGGUGUCAAGCUCUCCAUCGCUGAGGAGCGUGACCGCCGCCGUGCCCUCCAGUAGAUGUGGCAUGGUAAGUGAUGUAGGCUGCCGGAAAAAUAAAAGCGUUGCAAAAUUCCGCUGUGGCGAUGACAUCUUGUCUUGCUUUGUGGACCUGUAUGACGCCGGUUACGAUAAUUAUAUGAAGCGUUAUCCAGAACAAAAAAAGAGAAAGAAUUGUCUACAGGACACAAAGUUACACCUGUUACUGUACCGUAGACUUGUACACUAAAGCAAGGUCAAGAUGCCAAGUCUGUCUACCUGUGAUAGUAUGAUACCAUUGUUUCUGAAGCCCUUUUAGUUCCAUUCCUAGGAUUCGUAUCUGGGCCAACUGCAGUAGGACACUUCUUUUAUUCUUACCACCCCAACUUUCCCACUUGUCCCCCUUUUCAUCUGUCCAUUUCCCGGACCCAUUCAUGGAGCAACUCCGCCGGAUACUCCCGUGCCACCCCAGCAGAUCUAUCUAAUCCACGUAAGUCUUGCGCAGAUGCUAUUUAGACGGCCCGUCGCCUCGAGUCCACCCUGUCGUGACCUCUAACAGGGAUGCUACGGCGCCGGGGAGACAGCAGGGUGGGAUACUCGAUGCAAUCUGUCCAUGGGUCCUUGGAAAAAGUUUACGUCUCACAUUCCAAGCCGGGAGCCAACCGAUCCAAAUGGGAAGCUGCACUUGAAGGAGGAGUGAACAGUGGCUGGAGCAGUUGGCCGAAG